AUGGACCCCUGCUCUUCGCUCUUCAGCUACGUGUUAAUGCACUUGUUCGUCCUCUGCCUGCAAGCCCAGGUAACUGUUCAGUCCCCACCUAAUUUUACACAGCAUGUGAGGGAGCAGAGCCUGGUGACAGAUCAGCUCAGCCGGCGGCUUGUCCGUACCUACCAGCUGUACAGCCGGACCAGCGGGAAACAUGUGCAGAUCUUGGACAACAAGAAAAUCAAUGCGAUGGCAGAGGAUGGGGAUGUGCACGCCAAGCUCAUCGUGGAGACAGACACCUUUGGGAGCCGCGUGCGUAUCAAGGGGGCAGCCACGGGUUUCUACAUCUGCAUGAACAAGAAGGGGAAGCUGAUUGGCAAGAGCAACGGCAAAGGCAAGGACUGUGUCUUCACGGAGAUCGUGCUGGAGAACAACUACACGGCGCUGCAGAACGCCAAGUACGAGGGCUGGUACAUGGCCUUCACCCGCAAGGGCCGCCCCCGCAAGGGCUCCAAGACCCGGCAGCACCAGCGCGAGGUGCAUUUCAUGAAGAGGCUUCCCAAGGGCCACCAGACCACCGAGCCCCACAGACGCUUUGAGUUCCUCAACUACCCCUUCAACCGGAGAAGUAAAAGGACUAGAAACUCCAGAGCGGGCCCUUGAUGUGCCUGCCCCGCCUCCUCCGCCUGCAUCUCUCCUGGAGGAUGCUCCUCUGAGCUUGGUGGACUAUAUGUAGAGACUUUCCCAUAUGGGUAUUAAAGAAAACACAAAAACAAAAAAAAAAAGAAAGGGAGGGGGGAGGAUAAAAAAAAAAAAUUACCUGCUCUAGUUGUUGGUACUUUUUUGGGGUGUGUUUGGUUUUUACAAA